AAGUGCAAAAUUUUUAAAUUUUCAAUUAUUGCAAAAAAUAAUGCAUGUGUGGAUUGUCGAGUUUUUUCAAGCGCAAUUUGUGCACAUAACCUCACAAAUACAUAAAUAAUUGAUUCUCAUUGAGUUUAACAAUUUCGUUAUAAGAAAAAAAAAUGGUUAUUCUAGGUGAACAAUUUCCCAACUUUACAGCAAAAACCACCAUUGGAGAUAUAUUAUUUCAUGAAUGGUUAGGAGAUUCUUGGGGCAUAUUAUUUUCGCAUCCAGCAGAUUUCACACCAGUAUGUACAACAGAACUUGCCAGGCUAGUCAAAUUGAUUCCAGAAUUCACAAAGAGAAAUACAAAAAUAAUUGCCUUAUCUUGUGAUUCUGUUGACAGUCACUUAAAGUGGACAAACGAUAUUAUCGCUUACAGUGGAUAUCCAAAUUCUGUAUUUCCAUAUCCAAUUAUUGCUGACGAAGAUAGAACAUUAACAAUUGAAUUGGGAAUGAUUGAUUCUAAUGAAAAAGACUCUCAUGGCAUUCCAUUAGCAGCUAGAUCUGUUUUCAUUGUAGAUUCCAAUAAGACAUUGAGAUUGUCCAUCUUAUAUCCUGCUACUACAGGAAGAAAUUUCGAUGAGAUACUGAGAGUUUUGGAUUCUUUGCAACUUUGUGAUAAACACAAAGUUGCCACACCAGCAGAUUGGGUGCCUGGUGACGAUGUUAUGAUUCAACCCUCAGUUCCAGAUGAUGAAGCAAAGAAUAUUUUCCCAAAUGUGAAUGUAAUAACAUUUCCUUCAGGAAAACAUUAUCUCAGGAAGACAAAUGUUCAAAAUUAAAAAUAUGUUGUACUUAUCACAGUAAAGUUAUUGUAUGCUUUGAGUUUAAUGAAUAAAUUGAUCAAACUUC